UCCCGGAAGUGCCUCACGUGCUUCCGUUUCAGCGCGCCUGGACGCCCGGCAGGGUCGUUCUGUUUGCCUGACGUUGGGGACGCUGAGGGCCCCGGACUGGACUAGGAGGCCCCCAGGAGACCCCCUCCGCCGUGCCUGGCCGAGAUGGAUCCUCUGCGGGCCCAGCAGCUGGCGGCCGAGCUGGAGGUGGAGAUGAUGGCCGAUAUGUACAACAGAAUGACCAGUGCCUGCCACCGGAAGUGCGUACCUCCUCACUACAAGGAAGCAGAGCUGUCCAAGGGUGAAUCUGUGUGCCUAGACCGAUGUGUCUCCAAGUACCUGGACAUCCAUGAGAGAAUGGGGAAAAAGUUGACAGAAUUGUCUAUGCAGGAUGAAGAGCUUAUGAAGAGGGUACAACAGAGCUCUGGUCCUGCAUGAGGCCCAGACAGCGUAUACCCCAGGUUGCACCCUGCCCCUUCCCACUUCAAUAAAAGUGCCCCUACUACGAGGUGUUAUCUGUGAAGACCGCCAAGGCUAGGCUCUCUCUGUAAGUCUCCAGGAGCUGGGAGGGUAAUGUAGAGCUCUCCUGGUUAAAAAGAAAGGUAUUGUUAUCUGGGAUGUGACUGUAUGUGUAUGUACAUGUAUAUAAAUAUAUAUAUAUAUUAAAACAACUUUGUUGGCAUAUA